GAGGGAGGAUUUUCAAGGGACCCACACCAGAGACAAACACAAAAAUACACCAAUGAAAGUGUGGGGAAAAAGAGCAAGGAGUUUAGAAGAAGGGGAAGUAGAGGAGGAACGACAAUACAGAAAAGGAAGGCAGGACAGACGGGACCCAUAG